CUGUGCUGCCGGGGCGGAGCUCCCGGGGAGGAGCGCACCAGUCGUGGGUUGGUUUUUGUGUGUGUUCCCGGAGCUCCUCGGUGCGCUGUCCACUUCAGCACCACAAGCCGAGCAGCAGAGGCAGCAGCGGGGCUAGCUUAACGCUGAAGAGGAGAAGGAAGGAGAAGGAGGGAGCACCGACAGCUCCAACAUCAGCACCAACCGAGCACCGAGCGGCACGGUUUGAGAAAAACAGAAAAACACCGAGCCGACAUCCAGAGAAAGGACUGCAGGGACGAUUUCAGUAAUCAUGUACGAUGCGGCGAGGGUGCCGUCCCCUAAGGAUGGCGCGAACGGCGUGGCCCAGAACGUGGUCCCCGGAGCAGGAGCAGGAACAGCUGCAGGAUCGGUAGGGCCGACGCAGACUGCAGCCCUGCUAGCCAAAGCCAAGGAGGGACAGCCAGGUACAGAGGAGGAGGAAGAGGAGGAGGAGGAGGAGGAAGAAGAGGAAGAGGAGGAGGAGCAGCCCAAAACAGCAGAGCCAGUCCUGGUGAAAAAGCCACACAGGGAGAUUCUGGACCAUGAGAGGAAGAGGAGGGUGGAGCUUAAAUGCAUGGAGCUCCAGGAGAUGAUGGAGGAACAGGGGUACACGGAGGAAGAGAUUCGGCAGAAAGUGAGCACGUUCAGACAAAUGCUGAUGGACAAGGAGGGUGUUAUCACCAGAGAGGGCUCACACACACAACCGGUGGUCAACCACCUGCACUAUCAGCCUGACGAGUACGGAGAGGAUCCUGAACUGGUUGGCUAUGAAGAUGGAGACUAUGACCACGAUUACCACAGCGACAACAGAGUGAAGAGGAAAUCAAGCAGCUCUCCAUCCCCUCGUCCAAAGAAAAGGAAGAAGAAGAAAUCUGGCCGCCGAAGGAGUCGGUUUGGCAGCUCCUCACCCACUCACAGAGAGAAGAAGAAAAAGAGUGGGAAGAAACACAAGCGAGACAGAUCCGCGUCUGGCUCCAGGAAAAAGAGAAGAUACAGAUCGGGCAGCCCAAAGAACAAACACAAAGACAAGAACAAACAGAAAAAGAGGUCCCCUGGUGAGACACCCAGCAGGAGUUCACAGCGUCAAGGCAGCUGCUGUAGCUCCCGUAGCGCCUCCCUGUCCUCCACUCGGAGCACCUCCAAAUCUCCUGCCAGACUGAACUCCAAGCACAAGAUGGACGGACAAAAGGCGUCCAGCACCCCGAUGUCCCCGGGCCCCAAUGCUCCCGCUGCGUGGCACAACGGGGACCACACCCAGCGAAGCCGCAACGGCAAGGCCGGCAGACUCAACCACUCCGAGGGCGAGAAAGGGCACGAUAAGCUCCGUCUGCUGACUGCUACUUCCGCAAGCAUCCAGUCCACUCUGCUGAGAGAGCACAAGCUCCACAGCGCCCCCAGUAGGAGCCAAACGGGACAGAUGUGCGCGACGGGAGAGGCUGGGAGUGUGGAGGGCAGGAACGCAGCUGUAGGGAGCUCCGUGAGCCAGACAUCAGGGAGGAGAGGGAGCCAGAGGGGACAGAAUAAGAGCUCCCACUCCCCCGCUCACAGCAGCGACUCGGCCCACUCCCAGCACAACCAUACUCACAGAGGGAGGAACUCUCGUCACCAGAGAAAGACAAAAGGGGGCCACUCUUCCAAGCGCCGCCACCGCUCUAGUCGGGGUCAGGCGCAUCACCGGAGCCCGUCUGCAUCUCCGGGGCGCCACUCGCACACGUCGGGCAGGAAGAAAGAGGAGUCUAGGUGCAAACCCAACCUCCGACAGCGCAGCAGCUCCUGGAGCAGCGGCCGUUCAUCCUCACGCUCGGCCUCCAGAGACAGAGGCCCCAGCAAGGCCAAGUCCCCACACAACAGACAAAACAACUCCAGAGAGAGGGAGAGCCCUAACCGCUCUGACACCGACAGCAGAGCUCGCCGCCGCUCACGCAGCUACUCGCCCAUCCGCAAAAGAAGAAGAGAUUCGCCGAGCUUCAUGGAGGCUCGCAGGAUCACCAGCGCUCGGAAGCGGCCGAUCCCAUACUACCGUCCCAGCCCUUCGUCAUCGAGCUACGACAGCAGCCCCUCGCGGACCAGUCACAGCCGUAGCCGCAGCUACAGCAGCUACAGCCGCAGCAGAAGCCACAACCGGAGCCACAGCAGAAGCCGGAGCCGAAGCCGGAGCUGGAGCCAGAGUCGCAGCAAGAGCCGGAGCUGGAGCCGCAGCAGGAGCCGCUCCCGCAGUCACCACAGUUAUUACAGCCGCAGCAGCUACGACAGCCCCCGCUUCUGAACGCAGACGACAGACAGCACACAAACAAACAGACAAAGAAGCAGUCCUGGUAGAUUUACUGCUGUGUAGUCCGGGGGUCCCUCGACCCUAGACCAUAAUCCCUCUCUAAUACAGAGCCUGGAUCAAAGAGGAGAAAUGUAUUUUGAUAUAGCACAGUACUAUGAACUUGGCUGUCACUCUUCAUGUCUUCACAUAUACAAGGUAUUAAAGGAAAUGGGUUACCACAUGUCAAAAAUUAAUUUGGUAGAGCCCAAAGAACAAAUCUUGCUGUAUGUUAGCACUUUCUUUCUCUUCUUCCACAAAGCAACCAAAAAUGGAUUAAUGAAAAUAAAAUUCAUAUAUAUCCUAAAA